AUGCGUUGGCUGUCUACCUUCCUUGCCCUGGCAGUAACAGGUGCAUUGCAGGUGAAUGCGCUGGAAGCUUCAAUUUUCGGUCUCCCCUCGCGGCCCUCAGAAUUCAACAAUGCCAACACCAAGCAACAAACACUGACUGAAGAAGAGGCUCAACUUGUCUUGGAGCUCCGCAUGAAGUCGUCUGUCGCAUCAGUCCUUGGAAUGGUUGAUACAGAAACCGUGGAUCACUUGAAUCAAUUUGCUAAAGCUGAUUAUACUCUAUUUGGAGGUGCUAGCGACGAUGAGACCCCCGGAAGAAGUGUAAUCAUCUUAGAGGGGGUCGAUGAACGAGUUGCCACCAAUCUGCGAAAAGUUCACCCAAACCAUGUCCUCGUCCCUGAAAUAUCCUCAACGUUCGUGGGGGAUGAAUUGAUGGUAUCAUUUAUCGAAAGCACAUCCAGCGUGACUAGGGACCGUGGCCAAUACUGCACAUACUACGACAAUGAUGCUAGCGAAUCUACAUCAACUAAAUCUCAGGCCGCUAAAGACUGCCUGUCCAAGGAUCCUAUACUUGCCCGCGGCUCCGGACUUUUUGACCAGGAAGUCCUUGGACUUGUUAACUCUGUGGAAACUUGGACUAGUAAGAGUCAAGAAAACUCAGCGUUGAAGCUUUCUUUCAAGACCGCUUUCGAUGAAUCGCUUCUUGUGACUAAAGCUCUGGAGUCGUUGGUUCUCCAACUAGCUCAGAUUUCGACCAGCGAGCGCGAAAUCACAGCUGUCAUUCUACCUCCCGGCCUUCAUUCAAAACCACUUGGUCGCCAGGAUAUGGACCAGCAUUCUGGAUCCACAGCAAAGCAGGAUGCGUUCAAGCGGUCUACGCAACCGUUACAGUCAACCCUGGCGCCUGUCUGUCACGCUUCAAAUUCGUCAUGCGCCGAAGCCACCAACAAUUGCUCUGGACACGGCUCCUGUUACUUGAAGUCUGGCUCGGGUGUGGAAGGAACCAGUGGCAACUGUUAUGCAUGCCAAUGUCAACAAAGUAUCAUAAGGAACAGUGAUGGUACUACCAAAACAUUGCAGUGGGGUGGCUCGGCUUGCCAAAAAAGAGAUAUCAGCUCACCGUUCUUCCUUGUCGCGAGUGUCAGUCUUCUAGUCAUUGUGCUGGUCGGCAGCGCUAUUGGAAUGCUCUUCAGUAUGGGCUCACAGGAGUUGCCCAGCGUGAUUAGCGCUGGUGUAGGGGCCCCCAAGACACAGAUGUGA